AUGGCUAUCAAGAAUGUCGUUGUCGUUGGCAUGACUGACAGAACAAGUCCUUCAAUCGUGAACGGUCUUGUCACGUCCCCACAUGGAUACACCGUCUCGGUCCUUUCACGAGAGUCUUCCCAGUACAAGCCCCCAGCGGGAGUCCAGCAAUUGAAAACCGACUAUACUUAUGACUCGCUCGUCUCCGUGCUCAAGGGGCAAGAUGCGGUCGUUUCUACCAUUGCCGGCACCGCUCUGCUCGAGCAGAAAAAGAUCAUUGAUGCAGCUAUUACUGCUGGGGUUCAGCGCUUCAUUCCGUCUGAGUUUGGGUCUGACACCAGCAACCCACUAGCCUUGGACUACUUUCCGGCCUGGGGCGAGAAGGUCGAGGUCCGCAAAUACCUUGAAAGUAAGCAGGAUCAGAUCCAGUGGACUGCUGUUUAUAAUGGGCUCUUUUUUGACUGGGGUCUCAAAGUCGGUUUCAUCUCAGUCAAUGCCAAGGAGAAAACCGCUUUGAUUUACCCAAAAUACAAAGAUGUCGCUUGGUCGGCAACCAACCUGGCCGACGUGGGCACAGCUGUUGCACAGGCAUUAUCACCUGGAAUUGCGGCUAAGACGGCCAACCAGAUCCUGCGCAUCCGCACAGUGACGGUUUCACAGUCGGAGCUGCUAGCUGCCUUGGAGGAGCUAGUCGGAAGCAAGUUCACGGUGACGGAGGAGGAUCUCGAUGCGCAGUUCCAGGAUGCGAAGGAGAAACUGUCCAAGGGGGAUUUCAGCGGUGUGGGCAAGCUCAUCACACGCGCAAUCGUGGAUCCGCGCACCGGCAACAACUUUGACGAGGCUGGAAACGUGUCGAAUGGGCUGCUGGAGCUGGCGACCGGAGACCUGAAGCAAACACUGACGGCGCUGCUGUAG